AUGGCACUCCAGUUCCUAAAUUUUGUUACUUUCCUUCUCACCGUUCUCCCAAUUGCAUUGGCUGGGAAUAACUGCACCAUUGAGACGUUUCAAGCCUUCUUGGACGCCAAUGGUACCGCUGCACGCGUAGUUUACGCCCGACACUAUGCGGAGAAUUCGACCUUUGUGAACCCCAACAUCAGCUCCGUCACCAAUCCCACUCAGUUGCCAGCGGCAUGUGCCAUUCAGGUCAAUGCGACCACAGAUGUGAACACCCACUUCAGCUUCGGCGUCUUUCUGCCUGAUACGUGGAAUGAAAGAUUCUUCCACGCUGCGCAGGAAGGCGCAGACAUCAACUGGGUUGAUAUGGCCGUUGGACUGAGGUAUGGCUUCGCCUCGGUAGCUACUGACACGGGCCAUACGGGGUCCGAUAUGGAUGGAGUCUGGUGGAAGAAUCCAGAGUCUAUCAGCGAUUGGGCCUGGCGCGCCAACCACCUCACAAGCGUAUUGGGCAAGUUCCUCGUCGAGAGCUUUUAUGGUCAAAAGCCGAAAUAUAACUACUUCGCCGGCUGCUCCACCGGUGGCCGCCAGGCCAUGAAAGAGACACAGAAGUUUCCGCGGGACUAUGAUGGGGUGAUUGCUGCCUGCCCGGCAUGGUGGACUACCCACCAACAGCUAUACAAUCUCAAGCAGACGACCUAUCAGGCACCUCAGGGAUCAGAUCAUACAAUUCCAAUGGAGAUGUUUGCCGUCAUCGGAGGAGAGGCAAUCCGUCAGUGCGAUCCUCAAGACGGACUGGUCGACAACAUCAUUUCCGAUCCACUAGGCUGUCAUUUUGACUACCUGCCUUUGCUCUGUACUGAGACAAAGAACACUAGUUGCUUGACAGGACCCCAGAUAGAGACACUGCAUAAGAUCUACAACGACUGGGUGGAAACAAACCAGACGUUUGUGUACACGCAUCCGCUGUACGGCAGCGAAGCAAUGUGGAAUGAGAGCGGCGUAAUCGGCAACGGCAGUGCCGGCAACGAAGACUCACAGCUGUGGUAUCCUCAACAUAUCCUCGGCCUAGCCAACUUUACUGUGCAGGACUUCGAUUAUAGCGUGGUGCAGUACGCCGAUCAGACUGACCCGGGUAAUUCCUCCGCCAACAGCUAUGAUCUGGCCGAGUUCUACCGCCACGGAGGGAAGCUCAUUCACUACCAUGGUCACUCCGACGCCAUUGUACCCCCGGGCAUCGGCCUCUAUUACCGCGACCACAUGGCCGCCACGCUUGCCCCGCAGGGCAUUGAUAUCGAUGACUUCUACCGCUUCUUCGCCAUUCCUGGCAUGGAACACUGCUACCACACACCAUCCACAAUGGGCGCGCCGUGGUACAUCGCCGGGCCGACACAGGCGAGCACGCUGAGCUCGUCUCUUUAUAGUGUCCCGGGCUACCAAGAUGCGAAGCAUGACAUUUUUCUGGCCUUGAUCAAUUGGGUCGAGAACGGCACUGCACCCGACUAUGUUAUUGGGUCUCGCUUCAAUAGUAGCGUUGAGUAUACCUCCAGGACCAUCGACAAACAACGGCCGAUAUGCGCGUAUCCCAAAUUGGCCCAGUACGUGGGGUCAGGAGACAUUGAUGAUGCGGCCAAUUUUGAGUGUAAAGCCCUUUAUUAG